AAAACAUUAAGCAAAUAGUUUAUAGCAAAGAAGCCAGCAUCAGUAGAUUGUUGUUGGGCUUUUGUUUUAGCAGGUAAUGUUCUAGUCAUGUCGGAUAAAGAUGCUACAGAGACUCCAGAGGUAACUGAAGCAGCACCACUCCCCACAGAUGGGAACUGUGAGCCAGCGGAGAAGCCAGAGAGUGAAUCUCAGCCUGUAGCGUCCACACGGAAAAGACCAGAGAUCAAACCUUCCAGUGACCUCGAGGCUUCCGAACCUCUUCCUGAUCAUCUUCCUGCUCAGGAGACUGUUUCUAAAGAUGCAACCCAGACUGGAUGGGGUUAUUGGGGCAGUUGGGGCAAGUCCCUCCUCUCUUCAGCCUCAGCUACAGUAGCUACAGUAGGACAAGGCAUUUCAAAUGUCAUUGAAAAGGCAGAGACUUCUCUUGGGAUUCCUAGACCCACUGAGAUUUCAACUGAAGUCAAGCAAGCGGCAGGAGAAACCAGUGCGAGUAGGAAGGAGAGCUCACCAGUGGCUGGGCCUUUUGGAAUGUUCUCAACCAUCUCAACAGCUGUGCAGAGCACGGGCAAGAGUGUUAUCAGUGGGGGUUUGGAUGCCUUGGAAUUCAUUGGGAAGAAGACAAUGGAUGUCAUAGCAGAAGGGGAUCCUGGAUUUAAAAGAACCAAGGGCCUGAUGAACCGGAAUUCUACAUUGUCACAGGUUUUACGAGAGGCGAAGGAUAAAGAAGAGCAGUGGCCCUCCAAUGAGGUAACCAUGGAAACAGACAAGAAAACUCAUUAUGGGCUACUCUUUGAUGAGUUUCAAGGCCUUUCACAUCUAGAAGCUCUGGAGAUGCUUUCUCGAGAAAGUGAAAUAAAGGUAAAAUCUAUCCUUAGUUCUCUGAGUGGAGAAGAAUUACAGGCAACAAGACUUGAGCUAGAGCAGCUCAAAGAAGCAUUUUCCCUAGCAGAGUUCUGUGAGGAGGAGGACGAGGAGGAGAGACAAGGGGAUGAAGAUUUUACCAAGGAGAUAACAGAACUGUUUGCUCAGCUUCACGUCUCUUCUAGACCAGAGAAACUUACCAGGGCAAGAAAUACAGCCUACGAGUGGAUCAGGACAUCCCAGGCUAAGCCAGUUGCAGAGAAAGAAGAAGGAGAAGAACAGUCGGAGGCAGAAAAUACUGAGGAAGCCAAAAAAAUUUUAAUAGAGGAUAUCCAUGCAUUUGCAAUCCGGAGCUUAGCAGAACUGACUGCCUGCUCAAUUGAACUGUUCCACAAAACAGCUGCAUUGAUUCUGCAUGGCCAGAGGCAGGAGGUGACAGCCUUAGAGAGGAGCCAGACGCUCUCCCAGAUGACAGUCAUGCUGUGUAAAGACCUGGGCUCUCUGUCUAAAGAAUUCACCACCUGCCUGACCACUGCUGGGUGCUGGGGAUCAUACCCAGGGACUAUUACACAUAAGGUCAGAGAGAAGGCGGAUGCUCUGAAUCCAUUAAUCACUGCAGUGUUCCUAGAGGCCUCCAACAGUGCCUCCUAUAUUCAAGAUGCCUUCCAACUCCUCCUGCCAGUGCUGCAGAUCUCUCUCAUCGAGAGCAAGACAGAGGCACCCAGGGGUGAACCACCAGCCCAGAGACCUCUGACAGAGCACUGAGGAUCAGAGAAGAGUCUGCCUGAGAUUGUGAUGGCUGAGAAGCCCGACUUUCCUCAGGGAAGCCCUGCAGCCAAGCGCGGUGUAUUCCUGACUGUGUGAAACCCAGGCAGGGCGCAGGCUCACAGGGAUGCUUGCUUCUCUACGUGGUUGAUGUACUUGGGUCCUCACACUGUUCUUCCCAGCCUUAUAAGU